AUGGACAGAAAGAAUCAGACAACAGCCACAGAAUUCCUCCUCCUGGGACUUGCUGGGCAGUCAAAGCAAGAAGAGGUUGUUUUUGGGUUGUUCUUGGGGAUGUACAUGGUCACCAUCUCUGGGAACCUUCUCAUCAUCCUGGCCAUCAGCUGUGACCCUCAUCUGCACACACCCAUGUACUUCUUCUUGGCCAACCUCUCCAGUGUAGACAUCUGUUUUUCCUCAGUCACCAUACCCAAAGCACUGGUGAAUCAUGUGUUGGGAAGUAAGUCCAUCUCGUACAAGGAGUGUAUGACCCAGAUCUAUUUCUUUAUCACAUUCAUCAACAUGGAUGGCUUCCUCCUGAGCGUGAUGGCCUAUGACCGCUACGUGGCCAUUUGUCACCCUCUCCACUACACCCUGAUGAUGAGGCCCAGACUCUGUGUCCUCCUGGUGGCCAUAUCCUGGGUCAUCACCAACCUGCACGCUCUCUUGCACACUCUCCUCAUGGUUCGACUCACCUUCUGUUCCCGCAAUGCUGUACAGCAUUUCUUCUGUGACCCCUACCCGAUCCUGAGUACUGGAACUUAA